CCCCUCUCCAUGACAAGCCAUCUCAGCUGGCCCCGGCUACACUGCCAACAGCAACAACACGCCAUGGCCCUGGACACCUGCUCCUACGACUGUUGCGUGUUGCCUCCGCUGGAUUGCUUGGACGGGGGCUGGGGCUGGGACUGGGACUCGGAGCUGCUUCGCACUCAUCACUACACUCUCGGAGGAGACGGAGCCGGAGCCGGAGCUGGAGGUGCCGCGGCCGCCGUCCAAGCAGAGCCCACCUUCUUCCCGGCGACGCCAGGUGUGCAGUCGCCGGCGUCGUCGUCGGAGGCGUCCAGUGGCUACCUGCACGACGCCGUCCCUCACUGGAGCGACCGUCGCAGCAAGCGGCAGCGGAUGGCGGAGACAACGACACCUCCCCCUCGGCGUCCGGCGACGGCCGUGAGUGAGGAUCUUCAGUGCCUUCUUGCGGGCUUCUGGGAUUCUAGCGCCGAGGAAGGAGGAGGAGCAGAUUUCCGCCAUGAUUUGAACACCACGACGACCCCGGACCCGAAGACGGAGAUACGGUGCAGUUUUGUCUCAGGAGAGGACGGGGCAGGUGCAUCGGGCAGGGAUGAGCAGCAGAGAGGCCCCAGCGCGCAGCUGCAGCUGCCGGGGCCAGCCGGAGAUGAGGAGGCAGCCGCGGUAGUCCCCCCUCCUCGCUUCCCCGCCACCGUGCGAGCCGCUGCUCCCCCCCUGCAGCUGCAGCUGCAAAAGGCUGCGGCCGCGGCCGCGGCUGCCACGACGGCGCCCGCCUCUGUCUGCCCCUCGUCGCUGUCAGGGGAGGCCGAGGAGGAGAAGGAGAAGAGAGGCGUCGGAGUGCUGUACCCGUUUGCAGUCGUCAAGCCGCUGGGGUUAGACGACGGCCGCAUGACGACGCUGGACGACGUCAACCAGCGAAUCCUCAAGAGACCGGCAAGACCAGUUCGGCACCCCGUUGGCCCGUUCGCGUGCGGCCCCGCCGUGACGGCUCACGGCCUGGGCCUGUCCGGCAAGGCAGUCGUUAGCCUGACCAAGAUCAGGACGGGAGGAAACGGCACCAUAACCAUCAUUAGAACAAGAGGCUGAUGGAUGUGAUCAACCAUUUCCUUUUUUUAUUAUUUUUAGGUUGCCUGCCUGUUGCUCAGGAUAAUCAUGGUAGAUUAGUAGCUGCGGAUGUAAAUACACCCUCGGGUUUUCAAUGCAGGCUGCCUUCUCUAGUUUAAUAACUAGCUUAAAACCCCCCACUGCAUUUAAAUUGAAUAAGCUGCGGCCUAGAAUUUGCACCGCAGA